GAACUCACCUCUAAAAGGAAGACGAUCCUCCCUCGAUCCCCCUUGUGUUUCAGAAACAACAUUACCACCCUUUCUCUGUCUCUCUCUCUCUCUCGCCCCCACCAAAAUCUCAAAGGAAGAAGCCAAAGACCCUCUUUUGCUCUUGUUUGUUCCCACAUACCAACCUGUUCCUAUUUUGGCAUGAACAUAUCUUACACAGUGUGAACUUGUUAAUUAGUUGGUUAUCUAUACACGUGAAUUUAAAGAAUGGCAUCACCCUCAGAACUAAGUCUGGAUUGCAAGCCUCAAAGCUAUUCCUUGCUACUCAAAUCAUUUGGAGAUCAAACUGAUCAUUCCUACAAGCUUGAAGAAUUCCUCAAUCGCUUGGAGGAAGAACGCCUCAAGAUUGAUGCUUUCAAGCGCGAGCUUCCUCUCUGCAUGCAACUUCUCACCAAUGCCAUGGAAGCUUCAAGGCAGCAACUUCAGGCCUUUAAAGUAAACCAUGGAGCAAAGCCAGUUCUGGAAGAAUUCAUACCCAUGAAGCACUUAGCCUCAGAGAGCUCAGAGAAGGCAACAAACAUGUCUGACAAGGCAAAUUGGAUGACAUCAGCACAACUAUGGAGCCAAGCAUCAAGCGAAGGAACCAAACAACAACCACCAAUCACAACCCUUAAAGAAUCUGAUAUAGGCUUCAGCAUAAGCCCAAAGUUGGCUCUUGACAACAAACAAAGGAACGGUGGAGGAGCCUUCCUUCCAUUCUCCAAAGAGAGAAACUCUUGCCAGGGCUCUACAUUGCGGCCUCUCCCUGAACUUGUUCUUGCCUCUGCGGAGAAAGAAAUGGAGGAUAAGAAACGUGCAGAGGUAGAAAUUAAGGGAGUUUCGUGUCAGAGUAGGAAGGAGAAUUCAGGAAGUGAUGGAGCUGUGGUUGAUCAAGGAAAAGGUGGUAGCCCAGUUGCAUCGUCUCAUGCACAAACAACCACAACCACUACUAGUGCACAAACUCAUAGGAAAGCUAGAAGGUGUUGGUCACCAGACCUGCACCGAAGAUUUGUUAAUGCUCUUCAAAUGCUUGGUGGAUCACAAGUGGCGACCCCAAAACAGAUAAGGGAGUUGAUGAAGGUUGACGGUUUGACCAAUGAUGAAGUAAAAAGCCAUUUGCAGAAAUAUAGGCUUCACACAAGAAGACCCAGUCCAAGUCCUCAAGCGGGUGCAGCAGCACCACAGCUUGUGGUCCUCGGCGGAAUCUGGGUCCCACCGGAAUAUGCCACGGCGGCACACACAGCCACCCCUACUCUCUACGGCGCCCACCCAACCUCUCACGCGCCGCCGCCACACUACUGCGCCGCCACUCCCAUGCCACAAGACUUCUACACCGCGGCGCCGCCCCAGCCGCUGCUUCCGCCACCUCCGCAGCACCACAACGCUUUGCACCACCUGCACAUGUACAAGGCGGCGUCCCACGGCCAUGGAUCGCCGGAAUCUGACGUUCCCGGCGGCGGGGAGCGGUCGGAGAGUAUUGAGGAUGGCAAGUCGGAGAGUAGCAGCUGGAAGGGGGAGAGUGGGGAGAACGAAGGGGAGAGGAAAGGGAUUGGUGAAGAGAGCAAUGGGAGUGAGAUCACUCUCAAAUUCUAGGGUUUUAGAAUUAGGGUUUUGCUUGCAUCCCAUCAUCACAUACUAAGUUACCAACCCAUGCAUGUUCAACUACUAUUCAUUAUUGUUGGGGAAAAAAAACAAACUAAGUAGAACAAAAUAUCCUUGGUGGUACUUUUUGCCUAUAUUUCUGUGGUAAAAAGGCAUAAAACUGGACAUUUGUUUUGUAUUUUUUGCUUUACCGUAUGGAAGGUAUUGAUGCUGUUAUAUGUAUUGGUAUACUAGUACUAUGGAGGGAAGAAUUGGAUUCUGA